UUCACGGGAUACAUAAGUUUUGAUACAUUCCAGUUGAUAGCUGUUGCAUCUAAUAAGGAAAUAAAAACGUAAAUUAGCUUUUAAUAACUAUAAAUUCCACAAUUCAUGCUCGUCCAAUUUGUAAACUUUCAAUUCCAUUGUGUAACUGAUUGAUUGAUUCAAAUUUCAAAUUAGAACUCCUUCAUCAAACAAAAUUUUUCCUGAUAAUAUUGAUCUACAUUCUAAGAAUUCGAAAAAAAAAAAACAGCUUUAGAAGAUGAAUAUCUCAGUUUUAUUACGACAUUCUGAAAUUUGGGUAAUCAAUUUUAAUUACGAAGGUUACAAGGUUGAUGAAAUUGUCGUUGCACAAUUAAUUACAUUUAUGAAUCUGAAAGCGUUGAUUUUAGCAGAGUUGGAGAUUGAAGGUGUUAGAAAAGAUAUUAAAAUUCGAUAUAUCAUAGAGGGAAACUCAUGUCCAUUGAAAAUCAAGAACGACAUGUCUGUGAAACUUUAUCUGGAAGUAAAAAAGAAUGAGCCUGGAAUUGGGAUGUAUCCUCUAUGUAUUGAUACAACAGAGAAAAUGGUUGGGGAUAUACAUAAUUUUGAUUGUUCAUCCCGGGGAAAUCGUAUGCGUGGAAGGUACAUAAAGAGAUAUGAAAGCUCUUGCUCUAGUCGUAUUGAGAAUUUGUGACUUUGAUUAUAUUCCAGAAUUGAAUGCUACAAAUUACAUAACAGAUUCCAACAAUACUGAUGCGAAGACGGGACAUUUGUGUAAUGAUAAAGGAACACUCAUCGCUGUAAUGACCAAAUAUAAAAUAAAGAACAACUUCAUUUUUGGAGUGAAAAGAUUGGACAAAAAAAAGGUUGCAUAUUGCCAUUGACAUAUGGUGUUGUAGACACUGAAAAUGACUGUUCGUGGACAUGGUUCUUUGAAAAGUUCAAAAAUACAUUUGGCGAGCGUGAAAACAUGUGUAUUGUAUCAGAUACAAAUGAAAGUAUUAUGAAGAGUGUAAGCAUUGUGUUCCCAAAUGUGCCUCAUUGUGCAUGCAUAUGACAUCUUUGGAAGAAUGUAUGUUCAAGCUUCAAAAGGAGUAAAAACACACUAAGUGAUAUAUUUUGCUCAAUGGCAAAGGCAUACAGAAAGGAAUAUUUUCAUAAAUUAAUGGUUAAGAUGGUGAAAGGUUAUCAUAAGGGGAAGGAUUACCUUGAGGAUGCUGGGUAUGAGAAGUGGUCAAGAGUUCAUUCAAUCGUAAACAGAAAUAGAAUGAUGACUUCAAACAUCGUAGAGUGUAGCAAUGACUGACGAUGCACGUAUAUUGACUAUAAUAGACUUCUUGGAGGAAGCUAGACUUCUAUUUGAUAGUUGGAACUGUAAAAAUAGAGAAAUAGCGUCAUAUACAAAGAACACAUUGGGACGAAGAUUUGAGGAGAUAUUGAUUGUAAAUGCAUCUAAAAGUUCAAAGAUGAAGGUUGUUCCAUCAUCUGAAUAUAACUUCUCAGUUUAUGAAGCCGGAAGAAGAUACAUUGUAUGCCUUGAGUGGAAAACAUGUACGUGUGGAAGAUUUAAACAUAAUGAGAUACCUUGCGCACACACAAUUGUAGUUUUGAAGCACAAAAAUGUUACAGAUUUGCACCCGUAUUGCUCUGAUUACUACAAGCCUGAUGCAUUAGAAAAAACGUAUGAGGUUACAAUGGUUCCAAUGCCAGAUAAGGAGGAUUGGAUCGUUACAGACUAUGUUUUACAGGAAAUUGUCCUACCACCUAUGUAUAGAAGGUUGGCUAGACGCCCAAGGAAGCGAAGAAAGAAAAAUGCGGAUGAGAAGAUAACAGUGAAAAAAAUUCUUGUGGGCAAUAUGGAGAAGAAGGACAUAACAGGAGAAAUUUUACUUUCUUCCCGAAAGAGAAUCAAAAUAAUGUUUUAAAAUAGGACAUUGGUGUUCAUGGUUAAUAAAUUUUCACUUAUAUGUAUUUUUCA